AUGCCAAAAGGGAUCUCGAACAGCAAAAAAAAGGAGGGUGAUCCAAUAGUCUAUUGGUGCGAGCACCCUGACUUCAAGGGUAUGGGGAAGGAGGACCCGGGUUUGCAAGACCUGGAAUUGGUGAGGGUCUGGGAUUCGCUCGUGUAUGAGGAUGAUUGCACAGAUGAGCUGAGCAUGGCCCUGAGCGCUGAAGGGUCCUUUGACGCGGCACAAACCCGUCAGGUGUUGCAUCUUGUCCCCAAGUGUGAGAGAGCCACCGCAGCUGACAUGAACCGCUUGCAAGCGGGGGCUCUUGGGCUCCAUGCUGAUGCCACCGACUUGAAGCCUGGCCUGCAGCAGGAGGACAAUGGUCCGAGGAGGCCCAAAAAGGAGAAGACUGCCGCACAAACGGUGGCUGCCAAGAUCUCGGUACUUAGUGCCAAGAAUGCGGAGAUCAUGUCAUGGUCAGCCAGAGUCUCUGACUCUGACAAGUCAUCUACGCUGAAGGAUGGUUUCCGCAAGGAGUUGGAUGCCCGCAGAGACAACUUGGCCAGUGUGAGGGGUGAAUUUGAAUCCCUGUAUGCUCAAAGAUUGGAUGAUGUCAAGGAUAGACCCGACUUGGUAGCCAAAGUGGAGACUGUCCUUCGGAGUUGUGAAGCGGCUUUGACAAGCUACAAUGGUACAUUGAAAUCCAUCAAGUUGGCGAUUGAUACUCGCUUUGCAACCGAUGUGUUGUAUUACUAG